AUGGAGAUUCCAAAUUCGCUGCAGAAUUUUUACAACAGGGAAAUGACGUUCCCUGUUAUAACCACGAGGGCAACGAAGAAAAGCCCCACGAAGAUCAACGUCAUCACACUGAGCAUCCCGCUGUACGACGCGCGAAUCAUCGAUCUGGUUCUGUUAACUUUGGGAGCCAGUCUGAAUUUUCUCAUUAUACUGCCGAUCGUCUGCAAACCUUCCAUGAGAACGUCCUCGAAUCUCUACGUCGUGAGUCUGGCAUGCUCGAACAUGGUGAUCCUGAUCGAACCUCUGGAGGAGAUACUCAAAUGGUCCCUCGACGUGAACAUGAAGUUGAACAUGGACUACGUGUGCAUGAUCAGCUUCGACGUUUCCGUCAUCACGCUCUCGAUUUUGAAAUUCAUACUGUACAUCGGUAUCUUUCGCGAGCAAGUGUCUUUCGGGGACGAGAUACUGAAGAGAACCACUACACUGAAAGGUAUUCUGUUGAUCUGGUCCUCGUGCAUCAUAUCAAUCGCUAUCGGACUCCAUAUAUACGACUUCUUCGAAGAGGACAUGGCGGACAUUUACGUGUGGUUCACAAUCAUGUUCAUCGGUAUGCCCGUGCUCAUAUCGAUCGCUAUUGACCUUCUGAUUAUGUACGAGUUGUACGUAUUGAAAGAGCUCGAGGGAUCGUGGAGGAUUAGGGAGUUGAAGCAAUUUGUUCUAUUGGUGGUUAUCUCGAUCGCUUUUCUGACCAUACGAAUGCCGUACCGAUUAGCUAGAGCGAUCAGUUUCUUACUGCCUAAAGCGUCGUGCUGCACCGAUGGCAAACGAGAAGGACUCUAUUUCAUGGCCAAAGCGUACCCAAUUGCUUUCUCGCUCAUUUACAUCGUGCUGUCGAACGACUUUCACGAAAUCUUCCAGGUUCGUCUUUGGAAUAUCUAGGUAAAAGUAUUUGAAACAUUUAGUAAUAAUUUUCCUUCGAUUGCAGGUGAUCCUAAAAUACCGAUGCUGGACAUGUUCCAAAGAAACCAAAGUUCGUGAAGUUGUUGCUUGA